CUCUCCGUCAUGCUUGUCUCAUUGUCAAUAACUCCGCCCCUCACUUCAGGUUCUGGCGCUGGGGUUCUGAAACUGGUGGUUCUGCGGGUCUGCAGCUGGAUUGCUGUGUUGUGGAAGCUGAAGGAAAGCGCAUGCAUGCCAAGCAAACGAGGAAUUGAACGCAUUUGACGACAAUCCCGCAGUAUUGUUGCACACGAUAUGCAUUGAUGGAUCAGUUACAUUACAUCGUCGGGUGGUUUUGAAAGGCAUCGGCCGAGGUGUCCGAGAUGCACUGUGGCUAUUACGAAGCGCUGAUCUAUAGUGAUACCGGCCGUGUUUUAUCAUGGUUUGCAGAGGGUCAUCUCGGAGAAUGCGGUGGCUGGGAUGUUAUCGGCUGGGGCCCAUGUGGAAAGGACUCCUGAUAUUUGUUGUCAUUGCUUUUGCAGGGCAGCUUCUGGAAGUCAUCUUAAAUAAGAGCUGGAUGCAGCCAGAGAGGCCUCGUUCCUUCUAUGCUCAUCCCUUUGAGAAUUUCCAAGGGCCCUCACUGGGAUCUUGUCAGCCCCACACCCACAUCAUGUUCUUGAAGACUCACAAGACAGCCAGCAGUACAAUUCUCAAUAUUCUCUAUCGCUUUGGAGAGGAGCGGGGCCUUAAAUUUGCCCUGCCUGUUGGGUACCAAUUCAGCUACCCACUUCCUUUUAUCGCCCAGAGGGUGAAAGGUUACAGAGGUCAUCACAUAGCAGCAUUUGACAUCAUUGGAAACCAUAUGCGGCUCAACAAACCAGAGGUUGAAAAGGUCAUGCCAGCUGACACCUUCUAUUUUUCUAUCCUUCGAGAUCCUGUGGCGUUAGCGGAAUCCUCCUACGCCUAUUACAAAAAUGUUGUCCCUGCUUUCAGGCGUGCCAAGGGGCUGGGUGAUUUUGCAGACAACCCCCGUAAGUACUAUGAUCCCAGACUCCGAAACAACCAUUAUGCCCGCAACUUGCUCUGGUUCGACUUUGGUCUGGAUAACAAUGCUAACUACAGCUUGCCCCUGGUCAAACGUGGUGUGGAAUCAGUGCGUCGGAACUUCAAGCUAAUCCUUCUGUCUGAGUAUUUUGACCAGUCUAUGGUGCUGCUCCGCCAUGCUCUCUGCUGGCCACUAGAUGCUGUGGUUUCUUUUAGCCUAAACGCCCGACAGCAAGUGCCCAGUGGAAGGUCAGGAUGGGUGGGUAAGGCUGCACCUCCAGCCCCUUUGGCCUUAACAGACAGGCAAAGACUGAAAUUACGGGAGUGGAACACCCUAGAUUGGCACCUUUACCAAGCUUUCAACCUCACGUUCUGGCAGGAAGUAGAGCACUUUGGGCAUAAUCGAAUGGAGGCAGAGGUGGCCUUGCUUAGGACGAGACGAGAGGUCCUUGCUCGCGUCUGCUUACGUGAUGGUGGCCGACCUAUAGAGGCCAGUCGCAUCCGGGACAAGACCAUCCGUCCCUUCCAGAGUGGAUUAGUGAAGAUCUUAGGUUAUGAGCUGCAGCCUGGACUGGAUAAUGCAACAUGGGAAGCUUGCCUAUGCAUGAUCAGGCCUGAGAUUCAGUACAAAGACUUACUGGAUCUUCGUCAGUUCCCUCGAUCCCAGAAUCCCCCAGUAAGGAGGGAGACCUCAAUAUUUAGGACUGAAGACCAAGAGGGGAUGAGGUUGGUCGAGAAAGACUGGGAUGAGAGAGUGCUGCUUUGGAAUCAAUCAUUAAAGCAGGUUGAUUAAAAAGUAAGGCUUCGCUAGUGAGUUAGUAGCACCUUUUGUCUCAAGGUCAGGAGGAGUUCUGACCCAUAUUUGGCUCAGCAGGGCCACUGUGCUGCACUAAUAGAGGUGAAGUGAUAUCCAAGACUUGCAACAGAACACUUUGCCAUUGGCUGUUCCUCAUUUUGCCCUUCUAAACUCUUAUUUUAUACAAUACAAGGUUUCACGGGGAAGCAAGAGGUCUAGUGUUCAUUGAAAUGACUAGGUUGAUAAAUGGUGCAGACAUGCAUAUGUUAACAAUGGUUAUAAGGUAGAAAAUAUGAUGUGCUGCUAUUCUUUCCAUGAUGAACCAUGAUGUAUGGUACAAAAACAACUAAGUGGUUCUAUGCAGUGUUUCAAAUAUACUGUUAAAAAUGCACUUUCUCACUCAGUACCAACAUACACAAACAUAUACAUAGGUGUCUGCUUUGGAAUCAAAAUUAAAUAACAAGCUUCACUGUCCAGCACACAACACUAAAGAAGAAUCAAACAAUACUGUUCAUAGUGGCAAGGAUUUGAUUUAACAGCCAUUUAUAUGGGUAAAUGUUCAACAGGAAUUAAUAGUGUGUGGAUUACACUAGAAAGAGGAAUACACUACACUUUGCUUUUUAUGCCGCACAUUAAGAUAUUAGAACUGGGAACUGGUAAAAGCCAUGAAAGCAGGCCUGCCAUAGUCACACAUGUGGUCUAUGACACAAGAUAAGCUGUAACAACUCUUCACAUGGGUCUGUGAGAAUGACAUCUCCAGUUUAACACUGUGAAACAAUGUUUACCAUGCAUGAAAGACAAAAUGGACUUGUAGAUUUGUAUCUUAAUUGGGCAAUGCACUUCCUGUUAUAGUAUGUUUUCUAGAGACAAAAUCUAAAUAGAUAGUGAAUGUUCAUUGGCAUGGUAAAUGCUGUCAUGUCAGAGGCCUGUCAUAGACACUUUAAUGUGUCAACCAGGAAACUCCACCUCAAAUUCCAAAUCUUAAAAAUGAUUAUUUUGCCUUAAAAUUAGUACAUUUGGGAAGCAAUGCUUUAAUAUAGAAUCUUGCUGUAUUUAUUAUGCAUUUGUAUAAAUUUUUCUGUGUACCUACGGCAUUUAUGCCAUCAAGCUAAAAUGUUUUUGUUAUUGUGAGUGCUGAGAAAAAUUUGUAUAGAAUUUGUAUAUGUGACUGGAAUGCACUGUGCAAAUAGCCCCAUGUAUGAACAACCAACUUGUCUUGUGUAAAAAUUCCAGUGCAGAGGAAUUGACAUCUUACAUUGCUUAAUUUAUUUUCUUUGUUCUAAUUCAAUCAUUAUUGAGACAAGAGAAGAAAAAACACGAUAUCUAUGGUUAUUGUUGUGUGAUUGCUAUGCAUGGAAAUGCAUAGCAAUCAUUCAUUUGUUUAGUUGACAUACUGUUUAAUAUUUUGAUAUGCAUAGUAAUAUGAUUAUAUAAUUGCCAGUUAAUUAACCAGGAAAUUCUCCAUCUUAAUUAUUGACACAGCUUGUGUGUUUGGAACUCACGUGCAAUUGUUAUUGAUUGAAAUUGCUGGUGGAGUUGUUUCACCAAAUAUUUUUUUAAACCAAAUUCCAAUCUGAUAUAGUUUAGUUUUUUGUUUUUAAAUUAUAAUAAUAAAAAAAUAAUACUGAGAAAUCAAAUACAUUGGGGCUACAAGAAAAAAGACUUUGUAAAAGUAAAAUUCUAAAGUUUGCUGUCAUUUCAAGUAAAGUGUUCAGUAAAUAUGGCUAGGGGUGAUAGAAGCAAAAUUUUAUUAUGAAAAUAUAUUUAACUUUUUUUAUUUAUUUAUUUUACUUUUAUUCACAUUAUUGUGGAGAACACUCUUUAAUCUGAAUCAGUUUAAGAUUGGUAAUAUUGUGCUGUAUUAAUGCAUGUCUUACGAAUCAGGUUCGGUGUCUUCAUAACCCUUUAGUUGGAUUACCUGUGGACCUGGUACUGCAAUUUAAAGAUAAACCAAAGAGGGACUGAUGUUUCUGUGCUUGGAAAAUCUUAUGAAAAAGAAAUUGGUUAGUAAAUUAAUCCUGCAGGCUCACAAAGGGGCAAACACAGAUCAGCUAAAUUGUACGUCUUUGCAGAUUUUACAUACAGUAGCUGACAUUAAAAAUAAUCUAAUUAGCUAGUUAAUUAAAAAGUGUGCUUUCCAAAUGAAAAAGAUGCUGCACUGCUCUCACAACAGCAUGAACAGUAUAUUAGUCAGUAUGAGUUUAAUUUGAACAAGACAAAUAAACUAAUUGAAAACAUCUAUUCUGCACUUUUGAGGCCAUUUUAUUAAGUGAUUUACAACAUGGUAUUUCAGUUCAGUUUUCUCUUGACUGAGAUUUCUUUUAUUUUUUUACUUUGUAAUCAGUUAUAUUUAUUAUUUAUUUAACCAUAUUUAUUGUGUCUUUUGUUUCUUAAAUAUAUUGGGAAACCUGUGUAAAUAUUUGGAAGUAUGGCAACUCUUAUUAGGUAAUAAAAUACAACUUUUUCAGUAAUUGUAGUGAAUUGACAUUUCUGUGUGAUGAACAUGUUAAUGAUGUUUAUCAUCUAUAAGGUAACUUCUGAAGGAUGCAUAUUUGAAACACAAUGAAGGAGCUGAAACCACAAGUAUACAUACCUCCAUGUGCAUUUUCAGUCUGUGCCAUUCUUUGUAGCUUACCAUGAGCACAAUUGGCACAUGGAGCACUUAAAAUCUAAUAAAUGGACCUUAGAUAUUUUUUUAAGGCAAUUGUUUUACAUGCUUUUUCUAAGUAAACAUACUUAUUUGGCUGAACUUAAUUUUUAAAGUAAAGUUAACUAGUAACAAGUAAACUUUACUUAUCUCUGACUGAAGCAUAAUUUGUUUUUAUAUGAAUUGAGGACGUAUUUUACAGCAUUAGAUCUAUUAUGAUUGGAAUAUUGGUUUGCCAUAUGGCACAUUAGAUUCUCCUCAGUACUUUUUGACAUUUCAAGUACUGUUUAAUUAGGACAACUUAAAUGUUUUUAUUAAUGACAACAUAAGGGUUUAGAGAGUAAAGGUAAAUUAAUAAAACUAGUAAGAAUAGUAAAAAAUUAAGUUGAAGAUGAGUCAACUAUUUUUUAAAAUUUGAGAUAUUUAUUAGUAUUUACAGUUUUUUUUUUUUUUUUGCAUGUUAUGAUUCAAGAUUUUGGGCUUGUGUGCAGACAUUCAGUUUCAAAUUUGGACAAUUUGCUAA